UCAGUGAAUCUGCAGUAUAUCAGACCGUUGGAUGUCUCUUAGCUCACAUGCAACACUAGGGACAGCGAUAUGACUAGGGUUUUAUCGCAUUCGCCUUGUCGUAAGGGUGGUCGCACAGGCCGAUCGGCCAUCGCGCUUCCGACAUGUCGUCUAGACAUCUAAGACGCGCUUCGGUGAAGAAAGACUGUAGGAUAGUUUCGGUACCUCUUUUAGCGGGUGGUCUCUUCCGGUUCUCACUAUCUCACGUUUUCCGACAGGUGGGAUACGUCAUGAAUGAGGUCUUGCUAGACAGGGUCGUCCUCUCGACCAUUGCUCGGAGCAAUGAUCCUACUAUUGUCGACGACGAGAAGGUUCAACUGCCUUUCUGAUAGUAUGAGGGUACGGAGAGAGAUCUCUCUACGAUGCUGUGUGUGUGGGUAGUCAUCAGUAUGAGAGAUGCUGCUACUACA